UAUAGGUAAACAGGUACUGUCUCUGUCGUGUUACUGCGUGUCUAUAUUUUUUGCUGAGCUGGUUUUUUUGAGGUUAUUGUUUAUAUGUUUAAAAGAAACGAUCCAGCUAAAGAAAAGUCCAUUAUCAUUCAGUUCAAGUUAUUAUUACUCCGUGAUUUAGCGGCAGCUCUUUUUUUCAAUUUUAUUUUCAGCGAGCAGUAGGUCUAAAAUUUUUACUCUAGUUAGUAAAUUUAUAAACAAACUUGUAUACAAUCUAAUAAUAACAACAACAAUAAUAUUAAUAUUAAUUUGAACAACGAUAAAUUUGGACUUUUGGCCUUUGUGAUUAUUAUUAUAUAUAAGUGAACGAUAUAAACUGGUUUUAUUGCAAUAUUUACAAAGCUAUCAAGAUGAAAGUAACAGUAAUGACCCUCGGUGACGAUAUAUUUGUCCUGGAUGUAAGUGAGGAUUUAGAGCUAGAAAAUUUCAAAGCGUUUUGCGAGGUCGAAUGUGGGGUUCCGGCUCUCGAAACUGUUAUUGCAUUUAAUGGACGGCCUCUUAUGGACGAUAAAAAGUCUUUAAAAGAACAUGGAAUCAGAGAUGGUGAUGCUGUAAUAUUGCAACACAUGCAUCAGAGUGGAGUUGAAUUGAAUCAACCUCCAAGUAAUAAUGGAGCCGUACCAUUUCUGGACUUUAGCUCAAUUCGAGUUCCAGGAGCACCAUUGAGUAGUAGCCCUAAUUCAUCGGGUAAUUCUUCUCGAGUACAAAAUCCAAGAAAUGAAAAUGAUCCUGCCAUGAUAAGGGACAUGUUUUUAGCAAAUCCUGAUCAAUUGGCUUUAUUGAAACAGAAUAAUCCUAGAUUAGCCAAUGCUUUACUCUCAGGGAAUCUUGAUAAAUUUUCAACGAUACUAAAAGAACAAAUAAAAAUUCGCGAAGAACGUCAAGCACAACGACUAAGAAUGAUGAACGCAGAUCCAUUUGAUACUGAAUCUCAAAGAUUAAUUGCUGAAGAAAUAAAACAAAAAAAUAUCGAAGCUAAUAUGGAAGCAGCUAUGGAAUAUAAUCCUGAAACAUUUGGAACAGUUGUUAUGCUUUAUAUCAACUGUAAAGUUAAUGGAUUUCCAGUCAAAGCAUUUAUCGACUCAGGUGCUCAAACUACAAUAAUGUCAGCAGCAUGUGCUGAAAGAUGUCAUAUUAUGCGACUGGUUGACACAAGGUGGGCCGGAGUUGCUAAAGGUGUAGGUGUUCAACGUAUUAUUGGACGUAUUCACAUGGUGCAAAUACAAAUAGCAAACGAUCACUUGACAACGUCCUUCAGUGUUCUUGAGGAACAACCAAUGGACAUGCUUCUUGGUUUAGAUAUGCUUAAACGGCAUCAGUGUUGUAUAGAUCUUAAGAAAAAUAUUUUAAAAAUUGGCACGACUGGAACAGAAACACAAUUUUUAGCCGAAGGUGAUUUACCGGAAUGUGCAAGAUUAAGUGGUAAUAAUGAUGCAAUGGAUGACCAGGAAUAUCAAAAAGUAUUAGAGGACAGUGCUAGAGAAGCUAAAAAAUUAAGACAACAGCAAGAAAGCAGCUCGAAUAACCCAUCAACUAGCACACCGAAAUCAGAUAAUUUAGAAACAGUUACAGUGAGUGAUCCGUUUACAGAAGCUAAUGUCAAAGCUAUUGUAACUCUUGGAUUUCCUCGAGCUCAAGUUAUCGCCGAGCUACGUAGAUUCAAUGGUGAUGAGAUGCAAGCCACUGCAGCACUCUACGCAAAAUCGUUAAAAUUUUAAACCAAAUAAUUUAAGCAUAUUAUUAAAAAAAUAAUUUUCAUUUAAUUAA